AUGGACGAUGCUAGGCCCUGGAACGGAUUUCGCGAGGAACUCUACAACAACCUCCACGCCCGCUUCGACUCCGUCCGCACCGACUAUCAGGGCCGUACACUCCGGGGCAAAGUUUAUUUCUGGGUCGGCCACUUGUCUUACUUUCUUCCUCCGUUGGGAUUGCUACUCAUUAUGUUCUCACAUUUGCCCUCCGCGAUGCCAAUUGGCAAUCUCCAGACCUUCACCUUGGAUUUCACGACGGGAUACCAUGUCAUUACGGGAAUGACGAACGAGAGCUUCAAAGGACAACCACUACGGCAGGCGAAGUUCAUUCUUGGGGACUAUGGCCUUGUUCCGCUGGAUUUGCCUUUUAGUGGAUAUGGAGACACACAUUAUGAAGCUCUUUUCGGGAGUCAAGGGGGAGAGUUGGAGGUGAUACAUCGCGCACCUAGCAACGAAAUUCCCUCCGACCCAUUUUCUGGCCCAAGUACUUCAGUGGUCCUCGGCGAACAAGUCACCCAUCUAGUCUCCACAUACAUCUAUCCUCCCUGGACGAAUAAACUCAAAAUCCACCUCGCCCGGCCAGCAAAACUAUCCGCAUGCCUAAUCGUUCCCGGCUCACCACGGGGAAACCGUCUCUCAGUCCGCCGCCUCCUCAAAGACGGCUGGGUAAUUAACAUGAACGGAACAUCAUUCUCUGACCCUCGAACAAAAGAGCAGGAAAAGAAGCAAGACUGGGCGACUAAGGUGGGCCAGGGGAGAGGUUCUGGGCAAUCGGGCAUGGGCAUAAGGAUAGUGCUUCGACAUCGCAUGUCGCUCUUGGAAAUAAGACCGGACUGGGUGGUGACUGGACCGGGUAGAGCGGAGUGGCAGGUCACUUUCAUAGUGCCGGAUCAUGCGGUCUGGGGGAAUCGCUUGAGUAGGGCGUGGUCGAGGGCUACUCGUUUUACGUGGCAAAUGUGA